ACUACGAGGAAGUAGUUUUAAGUUUUGGCUGUUUUGUCUUGGAGCUUAAUGGCCUUUUUAUCUUGUGGUUUUGGUUACCCCGUGCUGAACGCUGUGUAAACCUGCUAUAUCCUUAUCUUGGUCUGUCUUAGCGCUCAGCCGAUUAUUAGCCAACAGAGUCAGCCGUGAUGGGUUCAAACGGCAGUCCUUCCCAAAUUGCAGAGGGCACCGAGCAGGCCGAGGACCGGCAAAAGGCAGCAAACGCGGCGCCCCAAUUGCAAGAAGUGCUGCGGCACACGUGUCCGUCGCCGGCUGGGCCACGCGUGCUGUCCACCUUCCGCAACAUUCUCGACCGUGACAGUUGCGACCUGGUCUGGGUGACCAAGGAGUGGCGACCCCAGCAAGUCACCCUGCACGCCCGCACGCGGACCACGGCCAAAAUCCGGCAGGACGUCAUCUCAAGCCCCAAAAUGCAGCACACCAUCGAACAGCAGUUGAGCAGCCAAAAUGAAGUCCCGAAGGAAGCCCUGUGGCGAGAACUGAACGACAUCCUCAUCGAAAUGGGACACACUCAGACGAUGCCGGUGGUGCGGUGGUUCGGCUACGUCCUCUCCAAGAUCAUGAGGAAAAUCUACAGCGGAGUUUUUGUCAACGAGGAAAGCAUAGCGAGAUUGCGGGCCUCCAUAGGAAACAAUCCCGUGAUAUUUAUGCCUAGUCAUCGCAGCUACGCCGACUUCCUGCUCAUGUCUUACGUCUGCUUCCACUACAACAUCAUGCUGCCCGUGAUAGCAGCCGGAAUGGACUUCGUGUCGAUGUGGGGCGUCGGGCGGCUUCUCCGGGACUCUGGCGCCUUUUUCAUCCGCCGCUCGUUCGGGAACGACAAGCUCUACUGGGCGGCAUUUAGCGAGUACGUGCAGACACUGAUCACAGCCGGCGAGAACCCGAUCGAGUUUUUCGUGGAAGGGACCCGCAGCAGAACAGCAAAGUCACUUUGCCCGAAACUCGGGCUCCUGUCUGUGGCCUUGGAGCCGUACUUGACAGGACAGGUCUCUGACAUCGUCGUGGUGCCCAUCAAUAUUAGUUACGACCGAACAUUGGAGGAAACUCUUUACUCGUAUGAGCUGCUUGGCGUUCCCAAGCCAAAGGAGUCGACAUCGGGGCUGUUCAAAGCGUUGAACGUGUUGGACGAACAAUACGGCCGCAUUCACAUCGACUUCACAGAGCCAAUUUCGGUAAACAAAUUCUUCGGUGAUCUCCGCUCGCCCAAGCUGAUGCGGCCCCUCCACUUGCCACACCAAAUCACGCCUGACGAGUCCACCAGGAUAAUUUGGUUGGCGAACUACGUGGUGCGGCAGCAGCAGAAGAACGCUGUGAUUUCCCUCUUCUCUUUGGCCGCUGUUGUCAUCACGCACCACGUCCUCACCAAACCGCGCAAUCAAUUGCUCAACAUGCACCAACUGACCAGGCAGGUCGCCUCGCUCAAAUCCGCGGCAGAGUCCUUCGGCGCACUCAUUGACUGCAGAGACAAUUUGGAGGUGUCCUUGCAAGAUGCUCUUCACAUCCAUAAGUCGCUUAUAGUUACCUCAAAAGAUGGGCAGGUGCAGGUGAAAAAUGUUGCUGCAGCGCAAGCUCCCGUUGAUCCCGCCAAAAUGAAAGGUCACAGUUUGCAAGACAAAACCCUGCAAGUAGGAGUUCCUAUGGUCAUGCUUCAGCACUACGUGAAUCAAACUCUCCACCUUUUCAUUUGUCCAGCUAUAGUUUCCCUUUCUGUCCAGCAAUCAAUUAACCAGGGAAGCGGGAUGAAAGCCAACGUUUUCGCCAAAUAUCAAUUCCUAAGGACGCUAUUAUCACACGAGUUCAUUUUGCACAAGGCUUGGGAGACAAUGGACUUUGAACAAUCGAUACAACAGUUGCAAAAGCUGGGCGUUCUGGACGAGAGCCUGCACGACUCCAUGAAACUCAGUUUGGGCAGCAACUCGCACCUGCAACAGAUACUUUGCCAACUCUUGCUUCCCUUCCUCGCCGGCUACUCGAGCGCCUGCUCCACCAUGUCAGAGGUGCCAGCCGGAAAAACAGUGAGUCUCAACGAAGCCCUCAAGUCGACGCAAGCGAGGCUGGAAAAACUGCUGCUGUCGGCGCAGUUGAACCAUCACUACUCUCUUUCCCUCGACCUCCUCACGGCCGCCGUCAACUCCCUUACCUCAAUGGGCGCUGUGAUUAAAAAUAAGGAGAAUGGAAAAGUUUUGUACUCUCCAAAUUCGAAUCGCCUUCGCCAAGUGACGCAAAUCGUCGGGGAUUUCCUCCAGCUGGUUGCUCCAAUUUGCAGAAAGUCUCAAGACGAACAGGCUAGGCUUCUUAUCACUCGAGCAAAAGCCCGAUUAUGAAGUUGGCCUUCGCUAGGCACUGUCAAUUCCAAGCUAGUCUACUGCCAUUUUUUUACCGUUGUAGCUCUUCUGCAGGAAGCAAACAAUAUUUUUCUACCAAUCGCCCCGCAAGCGAAGUAAAUUAAUUUGGAAAAGCUUUUUUGACAUUCCUAUUUGCCUUUUUUUCUGCGCCUCUGUGAAAAAGUUUAACUUUGCCAUCAGCUGAGACAGAGAGUUCUUAGAAGUUGUGAUAAUUCCCCCUUUUUUUGGAAAUAUUUCCUCCUGGAAGUGAAACGCAAUUAAGUUGUUGAUAAACUAUUCUCUUUUGUAUCAUGUGAUAGUUCAAUUAAUUAAAACUCAAUAAGUUAUAGAAAAGACA